CUUAGAUGCAGUGUGUGGAUCAGACAUAUUUGCUUAGUUUGUCUGUAUCACAUUAGGAUAGGCUACUUUAGAUUACUUUGGCAAACACUUUCGGGCUGUUCUAAAGGCAGUGAAUCUUCUUCGAAAAGCAAACUACUUUUCCAGGUUCUCCUGUACUUCCGUGAUUACUAAUAUCACUGGAAGUGAGGUGUAUGAUGGAAGAGGACUGGCAGCGGUUCAGGCAAAUGUGUACUGCGUCAUCAGAAAUGAGGAAAAGAUGGUUUGCAGUGCAGUGAUGGGUGGCCUUUUUGAUAAUCUGGCAGAAGGCAUUGCAGAUUCAGGAGGCACGGUUUAUAAUAGUGACCACCAGCAACAGCUUUCCGUAACAACAGCUCUUAAGUGGAUCAGAGAGCACCUCAGUCCAAUGCUGCACGGAUUCAACCCCACUGACCAAACCAAUCUAGACAAACUGCUCAGUGGUUUCCUUUUGGCACGUUACCUGGAAGACAAGAAAAGCUGUGAAAAAGAGGAGGCAGUGGAGAAGUCGUUAGAAACAGUUUGUGAAGCUCCGCCCCAGGCCCCUCUCCCCACGGUUCCUACUAAAGACAAAAAGGGAAGCGAAAAAGGUAAAAAAGCACAGAGCACAGAGAAGCUUUUUCCUCCUGCAGAGCCCCCAGUGCCCAGGCUGCCAGGGGCCAUCGCAGUGGGUGUGGUUUCUUUGGCUGUAGCUAAAACGGCAGCCCAACUUAUAGGAGCACCCUUAUACAGACACAUCACAUCAAUAAGAGUCCAGCAGGCUCCAAAUAAGAUUCACAUGCCCACGCCAAUGAUUACAAUACUGAGCUGUGGAAAAACCUCGCUAGGUAAACUCAACCUAUUGGACGAGGUCAUCCUACUACCCACAUCAUCACAAAGAGUCCGACAAGUCAUCAGCAUGGGCCUUGAGUUGCAGUCUGAAAUGAGGAGAAUUGUUAAUGGAUCUGCAUGUAAAGCUGGGCCUGCAGGUAUAUCAGAAGCGGGAUCAUUACAGGUAGGGUUUGAACGUCCUGAACAGGCUCUUGAUCUGGUCACAGAGGCGUGUACCAACCUGAAGCUGCCUCUUGGUUCGGACCUCCGCUUAGCCGUAAACUGCGCUGCUCACUGUCUCAUGGACUAUUCACGUGGAAAGUACGAAGUGAUGUCAGGGUGUCACAAAUCCCCAGAUGAGCUGGUGGACCUGUAUGAGGGUCUGAUUAAUAAAUAUCCAUCUGUUGCAGCCCUCAUUGAUCCGUUCAGAAAAGAGGAUGUUGAACAGUGGCAAAAGCUGACCUCGCUGAUUGGCCAGUCAUGCUGCUUGAUUGCAGAUGCUGCCUCCAAUCCCUGUCCUUGCUGGAUUGAUGCGAAACCCCUCCCACCUGGGGUCACCAGGACGUUUAUUAGGCACCACAGUGAUAUGACAAUCUCUGACCUUAUUGAGGGAUUAACAGACAGAGGCGAGACAUUGAUAUUGGCUGCAGACGGUGCUGAGACUGUCGAUACAUCAGUUGUUGACCUGGCCGUAGGGCUGGGUGUGUCCUUUCUCAAACUGGGCGGGUUGAGAGGAGGAGAACGAAUGGACAAAUACAAUCGUUUGAUAGCGAUUGAAGAAGAACUGGAGCAGGAGGGGAUUUUGGGUGCCAGAGAAAAUAAACUGCUUCAGUGUGAUCCAUCAGAAACACUUACGGCUGUGAUUCUGUGAACGGGUCUCACAAAUGACAUCAGGCUUGCGCCAAAAUAAGGGUGAAAACAGAGUAGAAGGAGGGGAUGAUGGAAAAGAGAAUGGGAAUAAAGUUUCAUCUUGUGUCCGGGAAGACUUAAGCCCAUGAAGAGCUCUAAGCCGCAGUGGAAAUUGCGCCUAAGUGUGCGAAAGCUGUUUGAAAGUGUCACCGAGCCUGUGUGGACACACACAUCUACUGUUUCACAACACAUCACGACAGCUGCAGCUCACCAGAGGAAAUGAAAUCUGGUUGUGUAACGAGGCUUGACAAACAUCACACAUUCAAUUGUGCCAUUCCUGCAAAAUAAAACACUUUCUAAUAGACUGAAUGUGAAAAUAAGAUGCGAGUUUAGAGGUCAAAUUUAUAGUGAGAACUGUAAACCCAUGAAAGCUUGAGACUUUACAGGUUUUAACAGUGACCUCAAACAGAGAGGAAACUUUUUAGAUUUUGUCCUGAAUCUUUUCCCAGCCAUGCACUGCUUUGAGUUACUUGGGUCUUUGCAUACCUUUUAUGAGGUUAUAUCCUUGUGGGUGAAAUAAAAAGAUACCUUAUAUCUUUAAAUGUUUUAUUUGACCUAUACAGACAGCAUAUUUUUAAGUAUACUUACAUAUUUUCUGACACUUCUGUGGUGAAAUGUUUGAAGAGAUUUGCCUAAUAGCUUUCAUGCUUUUGAAAGCAUGAAACAAAAAAAUGCGUACGUUUUUUAAAAUGCACUUUAGUGCUACUUGAUCAAAAAAGGAAAGCAAAAACUAUUGAAUGUGGCACCAUUUAGAAAUCAUGAUUUAACAAUAUACUACACAUCUCACAUGAAAAUCAUAAGCCUUGCAAAAUUGCUUCUAACAUUGCCAUUUAGAAAAAAAAAACUUUGGUGUUUUUACAUGUGUACUUGAAACCAGAAAGGGAUUCAUUUUAACUAGAACCAAGGCCUCUUUGCUCUAUAACAACCCAUGAACGUUUGCAUUUAAAAUUGGUGCAGAGUCUCAUCUUAUGUACAGGAUCUUCAGGGAUGCCAAAUGAAAACCACUGAUUUGGUGACGGUUGAACAGUAAAGGACUUCAGGUGUUAGAAUAGAUUUUAGCCUCUUCAUUCACCCAUUUAAACGAAUCUGUCUUCUGUCUGCUAUUCAAUAACAGUUUUAUUGCCAUAUUGGAUUUUGAACGGCUUUGAAAA